GUUUCUUUCCAUCGCCUGAGAGGAGAAAACACGCCGCCCGCUUUAAUCAUGCCUUCAUUCGAAACACUGGAUUCAGACGACGCUGAUGUUCCCCUCUGCACGUUGGACGAGACCGAAUCCUCGAGCUCGUGUGAUGAUGACGGACUGGAGCGGCAAGCAGCAGAUGGUCGAAAGCUGUACGACCAACAUCGCAUCAACAUGUGGUGCAUCGUGGCCUACGCCAUGCCCUCAAUGUUUUCCCAAUUCUAUUUCACUAUGUUUACUGUCUUUCUCGUUCCAUAUCUCCUGAAGGAUCUCGGUCUUACUGCCUUCCAAGUUUCCUUGGUUCUGCUUGCUGGGCCCUUCUCCGGCCUGACGGCAUCGCCGGUAUUUGGCAUCCUAAGCGACCGCUCCAGGAGACGGUUUAUUUUCCUCGUCGCCGGGGCGGCAGUAAUGGCCGUCUGUCAAUUGGUUCUGGGGUGGUCCCGCGAGAUCACCGGUAGCAACAACAUGGUUGCGGCAAGGUGGCUAAGCACCGCAGCCAUCUUUACAGGUACGAUGAGCGUACGCGCCUACAUAAUAGGCUUUCGCCUCCUGAUUGUUGAUAAUGUGCCACCUCGCCAGCAGCCUGUCAUGAACCUCGUGAGCUCGCUACUGGGCUCUCUAGGCUCUGUAGGCAUGCUAGCUGCUGGCUUUGCAAACCCGUCCUUUCAACUUGUUAGUUUUCUGUGUUCUUCUGGCGUUAUAUUCAGUAUUGUCCCUGUAUGGCUCGUCCGGCCUGCCGAAUGUUACAAACCAGUUGUCGAGCAGCAGGGCGGCAGCUUUACAGCUCUGUUACGGGACAUCUGGAGGGCCAGGACAUCACUCCCCCCCAAGACUCGUCGCACAUGCGGGGUUCAAAUCCUCUGCCAGUAUGCAUAUUUUCCUGUCAGUCACUAUGCAAGUAAAUAUCUUAUCGACAGCUACGUGGCGACUCGUGGAAAUAGCGCCGAAGCCGCCCCAGCCGGGCUAAUGGCGCAGGCCAGUGUUUUUGUCCUGCUGAUUGCCCAAACCUGUGGCUUCGUACUGCAGAUGCCUAUUACACGGUCAUGGGACCCGUCGUUAUCGCUGGGUGGCUCUGUCCGUCAGCGUAUGAAUAAGGACAUAACAGCCCUGCGGCAGAUGUGGGCUCUGGCAUUGUUGACGCUGGGCGUUUCAAGCCUAGGGGCUAUAUUUCUACGAACCUCGUUUAUGGCUGCAUCCAUCUGCAUUGCUAGCAUUGUUUGCAUUUCGCCGCUGAGUGGUCUUGUGCCUCUUACAAUUAUCUCGUACGAAGCCGCUGUUGUUCAGAAAGAAAGGGGGCCAUCCAUAACGUCUUCCGGCACAUACAUCUCUUAUUACGAAAUGGCCAUCACAGUUGGCCAAGGCCUGUCGGCGGUGGGAAAUGCCAUUCUUAACUUUGGGAUUGAGAAGAGCGGGGCACGCAUUGGGAGUUCGACGGCGAUACUUUUUUGUCCUAGCGUUGUUGGCGCGAUUGUAGCCGCCCUCAUAUGCUAAAAAGUCCAGCAGUAUUAAUCUAGGAAACAGUCAGUAGAAUCUAGGCUUUUUAGUUCUCCUCUACAGACAGGCUUUAAAAGCCAAGCAGCAAUUAGACAGAC